UUUAAUUAAUGAGCCACACCCAAAUAAAUUCUGCAUGCAUGAAAAAAUGGCUAGCAAUUUUUACAUUCUCCUCUGUUUCUGUUUCCUGGUCCAUUUUUCUAAAGGAGAUGAGCGUCCUAACAUUGUCUUCAUGAUGGCUGAUGAUCUUGGCUAUGGUGAUGUGGGUUAUAAUGGUGGGAAGGCAAGCACUCCUAAUCUUGAUGAUAUGGCUUCAUCCACCAACAGCAUCAGACUGGACCGGUACUAUAGUGGUGGACCAGUCUGCUCUCCUACUAGGGGGACAAUAUUAACAGGGAGGAAUCACAACAGAUAUUGUGUUUGGACAGCAAAUGCUGGUGGUUAUACUGCAGAUUUCCAAAAACCAGAGAACAAACCACUACCACUCACAGAAGUAACAAUAGCUGAGCUCCUCUCUAAAGCUGGAUAUGCUACAUAUAUGUUUGGAAAGUGGCAUCUUGAAUGUAAAACAUUAAUGGCUCGCCCCCUUGCCACACACAGAGGUACAGAGCGCAAACAGAUUAUCAGUAAUAGCUUUGCCCAUUUGGAAUAA